ACAUUUUCACACCGGUCAUGACUUUAACAAAUGGCUAUAGGCUAUUCACAGGAAUAGGUUUGAGAGACAAAAUUAAGGAUGAUGUUAAAGAAGCCGGAGUAGACGAGGAAUCUGAACUUUUCAAGUAUGCAGAACAUAUGUCCAGUUAUAUUGUGAACAGUAGAAGUGAUAAUACAGCAAAAUCGUACUUUUAUGCAUUUAAACGGUGGGGAACAUUUAUUAAAAAACAUGGUUUUCAAGCUUUACCACCACAGCCGGUUCGUAUAGCUUUAUAUAUAACUUACUUGUUUGACACUGGUGCUACAUGUAACACUAUUAAUUCUGCUAUAUAUAGUAUAAAAUGGGUGCAUGAAAUGAGAAAUUUUGCAGAUCAAACUAAAAAUUCAUAUUUACAUUCAUUACAAGAAUCUGCCAAGAGAGUGGCUACUGUUAAGAAACACAAGAAGGAUCCCGUUUCAUUAGAUAUGUUAUUGAAAUUGUGCAGCAUGUUUUCAGAUAGCCAAGAUUUACUUGUGGUUCGUUAUUUAACAAUGAUUUUACUGUCUUUUGCUGGGUUUUUGCGUUUCGAUGAGAUAAGCUAUCUUUUGUGUAAAAAUGUUGAAGUUAAAUCAGAUUAUUUAAUUUUGUAUAUAGAGAAGAGUAAGACUGACCAGUAUCGUAAUGGUAAUGAGGUUUUAAUUUCCAAGGGGGAUACCAUUGCUUGUCCAUAUGAAAUGUUUUUGAAAUAUGUAAAUCUUUCAGGUGUCAAUUUGGAAUCAAAUUUUUUCCUGUUUAGACCUAUGUUUCGUUCUAAAAGUAUUUGUAAACUUAUAUAUAAAAACAAAAAGCUUAGUUAUACUACAGCCAGAGAAAGCAUUAUUUCUAGACUGAAACUAGUUUCAAAAGACCUGAAGCUUGGAUUGCAUUCAAUGCGUCAGGUGGUGCUACUGCUGCAGCAAAGUCGGAUGUCAAUGAUAGGGUAUGGAAACGACACGGUCGUUGGAAAAGUGACAGUAGUAAGGAUGGUUACGUUGUGGAUUCAGUUGAUAAAAGGCUGCAAGUGACCAAGCAUCUGGGGUUGUAAACAUUUUUUGUUUUUCAUUACUUCCGGUUCCCCCUAUAUUUGUAAGUUUUCUAGCGUAC